AUGAUGAAAAUUAAAAACAAAUUAUUGUCUCUUGUUACUAAUGCAUCUACAUUAACCUUUUUAAUAUGUUCAUGGGAGUUCCUCCAUGAGUCAAAAAACUUUGGUAAUUCUUGGAAUAAUGUAAUCCGCCAAAAUAGCGCUUUGAAUACGAGAAAUUUCAGAUUAUUAAAGGGAAACAGCGAACUGUAUGACGUAAGGAGUAAUAAAAAUUUAAGACUAAAUGAAAUAGACAGGCACAACAUUUAUGAUGAUACUUUUAGAAAAGAAUUUGAUUCAACAAAAAAUGGUAAGAACUUAGCAAAAAAAUAUAAUACGUUAGUACUUAGUGCAAAUUCUCAAAAUUAUUAUGAUAGUUUUGAAUCUAUAUCUGAUGUAUUAAUAUUUAACACUGUUAAUUCAAAAAACUAUUUGCAUGAUUCAAAUGAUAGCUUGGAUCCGUAUGUAUCAAUUGAUUAUUUACCAGAUGAUAAUAAUAAAAAAAAAAAAGAACAAAAAAAAAAUAUUUCUAAGAAGUUCAAUAAUAAUGGUAAAAUAAAUAGAGACAAAAAUACAGAAAUAAAUAAAUUAGAAGAAGACGAGUAUUUCGUAUAUAAAGAUUCAGAUUUACCAUAUGAGCAAAAAGUAGAAAAACUAGAAAAGUUAGAACACAUUGCACUUAAAAAUGAAAAAUCCAAGUCAGGCUUUCUUAAUUUUUUAAAGAAUUUAGACAAAAACAUUGAACUUGCAAUGUACCGUGCAUUAGAAUCCGAUUAUAAAACUAAAGAUUUUAACAACAAAAAGAUGAGUACCCCAAAAAAAAUUAUAAAACUUAUAAAUCAUUAUAAGGUAUUUUCACCCAUUGUAAUAAACAUUGUCUUGCCUUUUAUAAUGGGAUGCCUACAAAAAUUUUAUAUACAAGCUUUUCUUUGCGCUAUAACUCUUUUAAUGUUAUUUUAUACUUUACAUAAAUUAGUAAAAUUAGAUUCUAUGAGAUUCACUUUCAAAGAACAUAUGAGAUCAUUAUAA